AUGCGCGACGAGGACAAGGGCAUGCUCGGGGGCGGCGGCGGGGACGCGGGCCUGGCCACCGCCGCGGCGCGCGGACAAGUGGAGACGGUGAAGCGGCUCCUGGAAGGCGGUGCCGACGCCAACGCCGUCAACCGCUUCGGGAGGCGCCCGAUCCAGGUCAUGAUGAUGGGCAGCGCCCAGGUGGCCGAGCUGCUGCUGCUCCACGGCGCUGAACCCAACUGCGCGGAUCCCGCCACCCUUACCCGACCUGUGCACGACGCGGCCCGGGAGGGCUUCUUGGACACGCUGGCGGCGCUGCACCGGGCCGGGGCGCGGCUAGAUGUACGCGACGCCUGGGGCCGCCUGCCCGUGGACCUGGCUGAGGAGAGAGGGCACAGCGAUGUUGCCCACUAUCUGCGUGCAGCUGCAGGGGACUGAUGAGUUCCCGCAGCAGGCGCACACAGACUGCUCUAUCCCCCCAGUGCCCCACGCCCGCCUGGUUCAAUGAUGCGACAAACCUGCCGGAGCAACUCAACCUCCAAAGGAAGGCGAGCCAAUGGGAAAUAAGUUCCUAUAGAUGUCUUAACGUAGGUGACCCUCCACCUGCAUCCCAAGCUGAACACAGAAGUGGGGCACUAAAAUUUAGAACUGUGAAGUUAAAGGCGUCUGUUCUUCACCUUUCUGGAGGGGACGGUGGAAAGUGCAUGUGAAGUCCUCAUAUCAUCACACAGACGUUGCUGGGGUGGAAGUUGGACGCCACAGUGAUUGGCUUUGGGUGGGAGCAGUCUAGUCAGUGCUUUACUGCCCACCAAGAGCUGCCCCAGCCCCAUACAAUAUGUGCACAGACUAGAGGGAAAACAUGGAGGCCAGAUAGGGAGACUGGAAUUGGGCUUCAUCAAGCAAAGACCCUUGUAUUUAUGCACUGUGAAGUGCAUGACCCCUGGGGUGCCCAACUCCACAGGAUACUGGAGUGGAAAGAGAAGACAUAGGAAGCCAAAGCACAUCUGUCCAUAUCCCAUAAUCUGUGAACAAGAAUGAGCAGUUCUCUUUUAAAAGCGCUGGCCUUUAUUCCAUAAAGGCAAGACAGAGUCAGCUGAUGAAUUGUUGGGAGAGUAACUGGUGGUUAAUAAUUUGCUUCAUCUGUACAAGAAAAGAUACAUAAGCCCCCCAACCCCUUUCAGGAACUGACACUUGAAAAUAUUGUCAUGUUUUGUACUUUACAGAUUUUAGUAAUGAUGUAUAUUUAAUGAGACAGCAAAAUGACUCCUCCUUGGAGAGGUGGAACAGAAGGACUGCUUGCUUACUUUCCCCCUCUGUAGCCCAGGCUAGCCUCAAAACCAUGAUCCUCUUGCCUCAGCCUCCCUAAGUUUUGGGAUAGCAGGCAUAUCUGUCUUGCUAACGUUAGUUCCUUCAUGAAGCUAAGGCACCAUGGAGUCUGCUGCAUGCCUUGCUUUCAUUCAGAACCUAUAUUUAUUCCUUCAUUGUCUUCUGUUUCUGUAGUAUCUCAGGAGAAAUAUUCCAGAUGGCUUUUUAAAAGAUAGGUGCACUUGUCCAGAAAAUUAUCUUGGAGUAUUUCUCAAAGGUUUCUGGGAAAAAAAAAAUGUACAUGGAGUGGAAAGUCGCUGAAACUAUGUGAUGGUUUGUGGGAUGUCUUAACGUACUAGUACAUUGCUUGGAAAUUUCCAGUGCUGCUUGAUUCACUGUAGCACUGGGACAACUGGUAUGC